CGGUGACUAAUAACUACAAGCCACGAGCCAUGGGACCUAGCAGAUACGGAGUUCUCUUGCGAGUGCGCAGCCAACUAUAAACGGUCGGGUUUCGCCGUCCAACCCGCAGAAAGAGAGGAAAGCCCGACUUCCAUCCCGUUUCAAGGAUGUUCUUCCCAGAUGUGUCUUUUUCAGCCAUAAAUUACGCACUAGUGUUGGGAUUAACGUGCUUGACCGUCUUCACCAACUUCACUAAAAGCUCAGCGGAGUUCUCAGGUUACCUGUCCAAGGUGUUGAGGAACUACACGGAACUGGCCUGCGACGGCGACUUCCUGUCGGUCCGCUGCCCGCCCCGCACCACCAUCACGGUCCAAUCAGCUUUCUACGGGAGGAGAGGCCCCGCCUACUCACAGCCGUGUCCCGCCCCUCUGUCCGUCCUGAGUGGGGCUUGGCCAAUCGGAGAGGAGACGCCGUGUCAUGUGUCCACCUCACUGCAGAAGAUGUAUGCUGAGUGCCAGGACAGGAGGAGUUGUCAGGUGCUGGUCAACAGUCGGCUGUUUGGGUCAGACCCGUGCCCCAGUACCAGCAAAUACCUCACCCUGUGGUACAAGUGCAGGCCCAACGAGUACAAGAGCAAGGUGGUGUGUGAGGGCGAGCGCAUGCGUCUGAGCUGCAAGAGUGGGAUGCAGAUCGCCGUCUACUCGGCCACGUUCGGCCGCACGCAGCAGGGCACGCUGGAGUGUCCUCCCAACCACAGGAGGGCGCCGUCUGUAGACUGCCAAUCAUCAACCACCCUCCAGGUUCUGACAUCCCGUUGCCAGGGGAAACAGAGCUGCAGCAUCCGAGCCUCCUCCCGUGAGUUUGGGGACCCGUGCUACGCCGGCACCCGCAAAUACCUCAACGUCAUUUACACCUGUGUUCCAAAGAAGCUCUUGCAGGAGUCCGUCCCGGGUCAGCCCAAGCCUCCUGCGGUGUCCCCCCCGCUCCAUGACCUGAACGUGGUGGGAGACAGCGCCCCCCCUGAUGGCACCACGCCAGUGACCACUGACACCGCGCCAGGGAAGAAAAAGAGAGAGAGGGAGACGGGGCCGUUCUCGGAGGAGAAGAGUCCUCGGCCGUCACUGCCCCCCCACAUCAACGCCACGGCCAUCAGCUCAGACAUGGCCCUCAUAAGCAGCGCCCUGGCUACAUACACCUACAUAGCAGAGCACACGGAGCGUGCGGCGCUGUACUUUGUGUGCGGCGUGUGUGUGGGGCUGUUCCUCACACUCUUCGCCCUGGUGGUCCAGAUCUCCUGCCGCACGGACUGCCCCCGCCGGCCCUUCCACCGGCCCUGCCGCUCGGGCUCGACGACCGCCGCCGGACGCCACCCGGGCAACCGUCGCCACGGCAACCGCGCCAAUCGCCACGGCAACCGCGCCGGUCGCCACGGCAACGGCGCCUACACGGACUACAGCGACUCCACGGAGGACUCGGACGACUCGGACUGGGACACGUGCUCGGACCUGUCGGCGCGGCGCCACCGCCGCUUCGAGCGCACGCUCAACACCAACGUCUUCACGUCGGCCGAGGAGCUCGAACGCGCCCAGCGUCUGGAGGAGCGCGAGCGCAUCAUACGCGAGAUCUGGAUGAACGGCCAGCCGGACGUCCCCGGCACGCGCAGCCUCAACCGCUACUACUGACCACCGGGACCGCCGGCGGGAAAAACAAAACCCCCCCCCCAAACGUCCGCCUGCCGCGGACGCGCCUUCCUGCCCUCCGAGCCCGUCCCCGUUGCCGACGGAGACUCGAGCUAACAAACGUACCGUAGCAGGACAGGACAAGAGUGAUGGGUCAAGGUUCAAGGUCAAGGCCGGCAAGGGUCAGCUCCGCUCGCAUCUGGGCUGAGGGCUCAAGUUUUUGGAUUUUUAUUUUCUAUUAUUUGUAAUUAUUUUUUAUUUGAGUCAUUUGAGUUGUUUUUGUUUUGGGCUCGGACGGAUGUGACAUUAACGUGAGUGUGUGUGUGUGCGUGCGUGCGUGUGUGCGUGCGUGCGUGCGUGCGUGUGUGUGUGCGUGCGUGCGUGCGUGCGUGCGUGCGUGCGUGCGUGCGUGCGUGCGUGUGUGCGUGCGUGCGUGCGUGCGUGCGUGCGUGCGUGCGUGCGUGCGUGUGUGUGUGCCUGAGAGUCGCUGAGUCUGAUGCCCCGCCCACUCCCGCCCCGUUACCCUCUGUCGCCGUGGGAACAGGCUGCCCCUCGGGUCAGGUCGGGUCUCGGCGCCGGUCCAGCUUCUCUCCCACGCGUCAGACUCAACCACAGGGGCCCUGAGGUGACCCUACUGGGUGGACAGUACUCUGCACUCGGCCUCCUGACGUCUGACCGAGCCACUCUUCCUGGAAGUGGAGGGUGAUGGUUGUUGGAGUUUAUUUUGUUUUUUUCAAGAACCCAAAAGGACUACAAAAAGAGCCUUACGGAACAUGUUUUUGAUUUGUGGCAGCUCUGGAUGGACAGUACACUUACGUACGCGGUUGUGUGGACAGGCCCUCUGCUCUCGCACACGCGUGCUCUUUUUCCCUCUCAAGCUUGGUCCUCACAGAAGGUCGACACUUUCAGCAGCAUUCAAACACACAGGAAGAACAAGAGAAUAGUGCCUAAAACUCGAGGUCUGUUGAAGGACAGUUUAUGAAAAAUAAAUAUAUAUAUACACAGUAUAUACAUACAUGUAUGUAUGUAUGUACUGUAUAUAUAUAUAUGCAUAUAUAUAUAUAUAUAGAUAUGACCUCAAUGUUAACCACACUGCCAACCUUUUGAAACCAAAAGUGAAUAAUAGAGAAUAAUGUUUAGUAUUCAUCUCAACCCUUAUGAAAUCUAUUUUUUAAUAUUUAAUAGUUUUAUUGUUUGAUGUUGUUUUUUGUAUCUAAAUGGUAAUUGAGAUAUUUUUAUACAGUGGCAAAGCUUUGUCUGACACCUCAGGGAUACAAUCCUAGUGUUUCUGCAUACGAUUGUUGAUAUUUUCUUCCUAAGAAGGGGAUACUUGCAUUGCUUGAGAUGUGUCAGCUAAAAAAAACACCAUUUGAAAAACCUCAAAGAGGUUGAGUACUUAAACUUUUUUUUCUAUAUAAAAUAUAUAUAUUGAUAUGUUAUGCACAGUGGAGUGCCUUAUCCUGCGUAUGGGAUUUCUUUGGUUUAUAGGGCCCAGUCGAGAUUUAUUAAUUAUUGAUCAAUUAUUAAAUUAUUGAUCAUAUCUUUGAUCAUGCUAUUGUUUUUUUAUACGAAUGCUAGUUUCUUAUGCCCCUUGUUCAAUUUUUUACUGACUUUGGUGAAGUGGUUUGCCAAAAGUUAUACUUAUGAUGCAGUAGGUGGAAAAUCUCCCAUUGGCUAAUUUAGUUGGUGCUAAAAGCUAGCUAGUUGAGUUUGUGGGAAACAUCGCCUUGCCUUAUUACUAAUGUCAAAUUAAAAACGUGAUCCAUCAGGUCACGUUUUGACUCUGCACAUGUUUCAUGAACUGACGCACCAAGAUGAUCACACACAUGAUUAGCGGCAGUCGUUGGAUGUGAUGGAGUUGAUCUACAAGGCCAGAAAGGUACUGGUGUGAAGUCUUCUGCCAACCAGUGCCUGUCAGGCCAUCUGCUCCAUUUCUGUUACUGUGGUAAGGCUGAGGCAUCACCAUGUAAAGCUCUGAUAUGUCUAAGGCGUUCAGGUCAUAAGCUCACUGAAGAAGGCCUACAUUUCCAUAACUGAUUUACAGACAUGCCGUUUGAAACAACUGGCCCAAACACACUUGACUACUUGUGAUUGAGGAGGUUGUUGGUCUAACUGCCUGGCCAGUUGUAAAGGAUGAUAUGCUAUCACAUCUACACACUCUCAUGCCUAUAGCAGAAACUAGUGUGAUUCAUUCAGUUCAUUCUGCCUUAAUAGAAAUGAUCUAGGAGCUUGUUACGCAAGAUAAACAUUGGGCAGAAAUUGACCCUCCAUGCAAAUUAAGGACACACUGAUUAUAUUGUGUAGAUCUUAACAGGGAAUGUUCGGUGUUGAAGGACAAUUCUCUCUUUGGAUUAUGUAUUCUGUCCAUGUAUCCUAUCUGCAAAAUAAGCUAGUCAUUUCAGUGUCCCUGGUCUGGUAUUUUGCCACUUAAAAUGAAAUGAUGUAAAAUAGUGUUGUUUGCUUUUUUAUUUUUCAAAGAGAGUACAUACUGAGAUGUUGCCUUAGAGAUAAAUCCCUAUUCCAUCUGAAGAACAUGAAAGAAAAUGGAAUUCUGUCAGUGGCUGGAGGCUAUGUGAGACCAAAAAUCCACUUGAGCUUGGAAUAAACUGCUUAUGGAG